GAGCUAGUGUUUGAGGAGUAAAACGUAUCUGCCUGCAAGCGCUCGGGGCAAGCAUCUCCAUCUACUAGAGCGCAAUAACUGAAAUGGCACAUUUUGCCUAAGGCGGUUUUUGCAAUGGCAUAAUGCAUGACGAUAGACGUAAUUUGGCUUUAAUGCCAGGGAGAUGUUUAAAUAUAAAACUAUUGGGGAGAAAGACGAGAACACUACAGAACUGAGAGGAUCUGCGGGCGCCCUGAAUAUGCGACAGUUUUAUUUAAGAGCCUAUCAUUUAAUAGUUUUAUGGACAUUCACAGUAUCCCUUUUAUUAGACAUUUUAUCAAAACGUUUACAUGUAAGUUUUUUUUUAGGACGAACGUAGCCAAUUUUCACACUCCUACAUCCGAUGAGUGAGUUAUGACAAUUGGGAGCAAGAUUAAACCGAACACUGCUACCCAUGCAGCAGACCAGACUGCUCUCCGUUGGAAUAAAACUGCGAUGUUUUUUGGUCAAAUCAAAUUUACGUGUGAAAUAAGAAACAGUGGAUCUCAUUUUCAUCUUGAACUGAGAUGUGGCGAGAUAGAAAAGGCUGCUCUAUUAUAACAUAAUCCUUGCCCUGCAGGCGUUUGAAUAGCCCAGAGCAAGAAUUCUUCUAGCCCGCUUCUUAUUUAGGGACCGACUGGCUUUCUUCUCAUAAAACUCGACGGUUUCAUCAUAUCAGAAAAGGAAAGACCCGGACAAAGACAGAUAUACAGCAAACGACGACCAAACUGGCAUAAAACAGCGAUACAAUUGGAAGGGAGAAGAGAUUACUAUGUCUUCUCUAUCCGUGUCCUCCCAGGAGGGAAGAAGCAUGUCCAGAAUGUCUAUGAGUCGUUCUCCAGUUUCUCCAAUGAAUGCCCAGGGCAUCCCAUCACCGGCCCAGCUGACUAAAGCCAACGCCCCGGUCCACAUCGACGUGGGAGGACACAUGUACACCAGCAGCCUGGGUACUCUCACCAAAUACCCAGAGUCUAGAAUCAGUCGUCUGUUUAAUGGAACAGAGCCCAUUGUACUGGACAGCUUGAAGCAGCACUACUUCAUCGACAGGGAUGGAGAUAUAUUCAGAUACAUCCUCAGCUUCCUCAGGACCUGCAAACUACUGCUCCCAGAGGACUUCAAGGACUUCCCCCAGCUAUACGAGGAGGCUCGCUACUACCAACUGACACCCAUGGUCCGCGAGCUGGAGCGCUGGCAGACGGAGCAGGAGGGCCAGAAGAGACCGCCCUGCGAGUGCCUGGUGGUCCGAGUGACCCCUGACCUGGGGGAGAGGAUUGCCCUCAGCGGAGGGAAGGUGCUCAUCGAAGAGAUCUUCCCCGAGACUGGAGACGUCAUGUGUAACUCUGUGAAUGCCGGCUGGAACCACGACCCCACGCAUGUAAUCCGAUUCCCUCUCAACGGCUACUGCAGGCUCAACUCAGUUCAGGUUCUAGAGAGGUUGUUCCAGAAGGGCUUCAGCGUGACGGCGUCAUGUGGCGGCGGAGUUGACUCCUCCCAGUUCAGCGAGUACGUCCUGUGUCGCGAGCUCCGCAGGGGUCAGCCCACCGACACCACCAUCCACAUCAAACAAGAGCCUCUGGACUAGGUUGGGAGGAACAGAGGGACCCGUGAGAGAUCAACACGUCCGGUGCUGAUUUUCGAGUCCUAUUUACACAACUUUAAGUGGAAAAACACACAAGGACUCUUCAUGCUUGGGAAUAUAAUUUGCCAGUGGCAAUGUAGACUGGACUAGCAAGAUGUGAGAGGGUUGUGAUUCUAUGGAGACUCAAAGACACUAAAGGGAUCCUCUGAGAUGAGUCUGUCUGAGGUGAGCUCAUUAGCUGUUUGUAUAGAACUCUUACUGCUGCCAUUUCCAACAGAGAUACAGUAUCUAUCAGGAUCCAAGUGAAACAGUCCGUGACUUCUGGGCUGUUGACAACUAGGAGGAAAUAGCUCUAGUAAUAUGGUGCUCAAUUCCAGCUUAGGUUUAACUGGGGACUCCUGUUCAAGCCUCAGGAUGGGUCUACUGGUAUGACCGAUGACCUCCGCUUGAGAGCCAUUAUGGCUGCGUUUACACAGGCAGCCCAAUUCUGAUCUUUUGUCCAAUGAUUGGUAAACUGUAUAAAUGCAACCAAAAAUGGCCAUGCCCUACCGCAGGAAGAACAGAACAUGUCUGUGUUUGCCUCAUUUCUUGACGACUUCCUACCCAAGAUCUGACUGUAACGUGUAGGUAUUUGUUCAAUUAAAUGUCAAAUGGACAAUAUGGGGUUUCCAAUUUGUAUAUAUAGUACCAAUCAAAAGUUUGGACACCUACUCAUUCAAGGGUUUUUCUUUUUUGUACUUUUUUUUGUUGCAUUGUAUAAUAAGAGUGAAGACAUCAACAUUCUGAAAUAACAAGUAUGGAAUCAUGUAGUAACCAAAAAAAUAAAGUGUGUGGGGUGUAUAUAGAUAAAGGCCCUAUUUGGUAAAAGACCAAGUCCAUAUUAUGGCAAGAACAGCUCAAAUAAGCAAAGAGAAACUACAAUCCUUCAUUAGAAACACGCGCAGUGGACAUUAGACUGGUAGAAAUCUGUAUUUUGGUCAGAUGGGUGCAAAUGUGAGAUUUUUGGUUCCAACCGUAGGUGAACGGAUUAUCUCUGCAUGUGUAGUUCCCAAGUGAAGCAUUGAGGUGGUGGUGCAGGGGUGCUUUGCUAGUGACACGGUCUGUGAUUUAUUUAUAAUUCAAGGCACACUUAACCAGCAUGGUUACCACAGCAUUCUGCAGCUAUAUGCCCACCCAUCUGGUUUGCACUUAGUCCCACUAUCAUUUGUUUUUCAACAGGACAAUGACCCAACACACCUUCAGGCUGUGUAAGGGCUAUUUGACCAAGGAAAGUGAUGGAGUACUGCAUCAGAUGACCUGGCCUCCAAUCACCCGACCUCAACCCAAUUGCUUGGGAUGAUUUAGAGCGCAGAGUUAAGGAAAAGCAGCCAACAAGUGGUCAGCAUAUGUGGGAACUCCUUGAAGCUGGUUGAGAGAAUGCCAAGAGUGUGCAAAACUGUCAAAGGGUGACUACUUUUGAAGAAUCUCAAAUAUUUGUGUAACACUUUUUUGGUUACUACAUGAUUCCAUUGUUUUCACUAUUCUACAAGUCCAAAUAAAAACCUUUUGAAUGAGUAGGUGUCAACUUUUGACUGGUACUAAUGUAAAACUUUCCUGACAAAUGUUCAUGAUGUGAAAACUGUAUGUGUUAAUAUGGUGCACAUUUCACAGAUUUAACUGCAAUUUCAGUUAAUAUUUAAGGUAUGUUUGCUUAGUCAUUUUAGUUUGUGCAGCUGUAUUGAUAACUGUUUUUGGCAGUUUUUUUAAAAUUACUAAUCUCUCGUGGACAGCCAAGUAGCUGGGAGAUUUUGGUUCUGGGUUGCAGAGAUUUGUAAGACUCCAGUAAGCCAAACUCAACCUGGCACAAAGUGCCUUCAGAAAGUAUUCAGACCCCUGGACUUUUCCCAAAUUUUGUUACGUUACAGCCUUAUUCUAAUAUGGAUAAACCCCCCCCCCCCCCCCCCUCAACACACAAUACCCCACAAUGAAAUAACAAAAACAGGUUGUCUCAUAGGAAAGGGGCUGAAUACUAAUGUAAAUAAGGUAUGCUUUUAUUUUAUACAUUUGCAUUUUUUUU